CCUCAAAAAGAUCUGUCCAGACUCUCAAGUCUGUACUGUACAGAUCAAUAAUGCUUCUGACUGCUUUUGUUCUUCAACCAUUCCGCAUGCUCAUUUUCUAAUUUUCGGAGAUCUUUUCAUUAUAUCGGCACGGUGUAUAUUUUACGUUGUUGAAUUGAGUGUUUCUAUCUCCCAGUCUCAUCAUCUGGUGCUUCUGUAUGUUCAGGGAGGUUGCUGCAAUCAGCCAGAAAUUGUGUCAGCUCGGACAAGCAUUCCGUGCGGAGUUCGUUCUUCAGAUCCCGAGAACGAUGCAUAUAUUCUGGAAACGUUUCGUCUUCUUGAUUUUCUCAGUUCAGUUAUUAUUUCAUGAGCAGCAUGGGAAAUUCAGUGGAGCAAGCGACUCUCAUCAGUCGUCAUUCUUAUCAUGUCCCAGGCAAGAUGCAGAUCGAGGAAUUACUCUUCGAAGUCCCUCUCGAUCACUCCGACCCAUCACGGGGAACCAUUCGAAUAUUUGCACGAAGCGCCAAAAGAUCUGAGCCUUCGAACACUGGCCUUCCUAAGCCGGAACAAAAGCCCUGGCUAUUAUGGCUUCAAGGCGGUCCUGGCGGAGGAUGUCCUACUCCACAAUCCCAAGAACGAACGCCUAUCUUCCUCGAUCGUGGUUACCAAGUCUUGCACAUGGAUCAGCGUGGAACAGGUCUCAGCACUCCUGUGACGGCAGCCACUCUCGCUCUUAGAGGCGGUCCCGAAGAGCAGGCUGAUUACCUGAAAUUCUUCCGUGCUGAUAACAUUGUCAGAGACGCAGAAGCUAUACGCAAAUUUCUCACUGCAGAAUAUCCAGAAGACCUGAAGAAAUGGACGAUCUGGGGUCAAAGUUAUGGAGGAUACUGCUCCUUCACUUACCUCUCUCUGUAUCCUGAAGGUCUUCGUGAGGUGUUUGUUUCUGGUGGAGUACCUCCAAUUGGAAAGACGGUUGAUCAAAUCUACUCAAAGAUCUUUUUCCAGACAAAGAAACGCAACAAGGCAUACUACGAGAAGUUUCCCAUGGAUUCCAGGAGGAUCCACACGCUGAUUGAUCACUUCGAUUCCAAAGGUGGUCUUGCACUGCCAUCUGGUGGAGUCUUGACUGGGAAGAGAUUCUUGAUUUUGGGCAUGAAUUUCGGCUUCAAAGGAGGGAUUCAGAACACACAUGAUCUUGUCCUUCGCAUGGCCACCGAACUAGAACAGUUUGGAUUCAUCACGAGGCCGUCACUAUCAAUUUUCGAAGACCUGACAAGCUUCGACGAUCAUAUCAUUUAUGCAGUCCUUCGCGAAGCAAUCUACUGUGAUGGGAUGUCAUCAAACUGGUCAGCCGAGCGUGUGGGAGCUUCUAUGGAUGAAUAUAACUGGAUCCAAGGUGCUAGAGACCCUCAGCGUCCGAUCUACUUCGCUGGAGGCAUGGCUUUACCAUUUAUAUUCGAUAUCUCUCCAGAACUUCAACAAUUGAAAGAAGUGGCUGAGAUUCUUGCCGGAUUCGCGUGGCCAAGGCUGUAUGAUGAGGAGCAGCUGCGCAGGAAUGAGGUCCCUUUGUACACGGCUAGCUUUGUGGAUGACGCGUAUGUCGACUUUCAAAAUGUGCAGGACGCGUUGGAAGGGGUUGGGAAUUGCAAGCAGCUCAUUACGAAUACAAUGUAUCAUGAUGCGGUGAGGAAGGACACGAAGAAAUUACUGAACGAGAUGUUUGCGUUGAAGGACGAUUUGCUGGAAUGACGGGAAAGAACAAGCAGAUCGAAAGAUUUCAUUGAUGAAUCAAGCCGAAAGGUUCAGUUGUAAAGAGUCCCUGGGUAUACCAGCGCCUUUACCAUCCUUUCAUAAUAACUCCACAGAAUCAAGAAGAGUUCUCUUUUUUGCCCAAGCUUCAUCAACGCCGAUCGACCCUAAUCUCCAACGAAAUUGCAUUCAUUUCUUUGCGAUCAUGACAAAGCGAGUGCCAAGGAUCGGUGAAGCAUGACUUCAUGUUGCGAACCGAAGAAUUGCAAGUGACGGCCAGAAAUGAAGUGUUCUUUCGAUCUUAAAUGAGGAUUUUAACAUC